GACCACACAUACUCUCUCUCUCUCUCUCUCUCUCUCUCUCUCUUCCAUAGAGAGAUGGUUGAGAAGAUGGAAAGAAACACAGCUUCUGAUGCUUCCAUGGCGCCACAGACGAUAGAGAGGCCUCGAAGGAACAAAUACGCAUUUGCAUGCACCAUGUUAGCCUCCAUGGCUUCAAUUCUCUUGGGUUAUGAUGUAGCGGUAAUGAGUGGAGCCGCCCUGUUCAUCAAAGAUGAUCUUAAGCUAAGCGAUACGAAGGUAGAAGUACUCAUGGGAAUUAUCAAUCUCUACUCUCUGUUCGGGUCCACCCUCGCCGGAAGAACAUCCGAUUGGAUUGGCCGGCGAUACACGCUCAUCGUUGCUGCCGUGAUCUUCUUCGUGGGCGCAUUGGUGAUGGGACUUGCACCUAACUAUGCGAUCCUCAUGAUCGGAAGGUUUGUGGCUGGGAUCGGUGUGGGCUAUGCCCUGAUGAUCGCACCAGUCUACACUGCUGAGGUUGCACCUGCCUCAUGUCGAGGCUUCCUCACCUCAUUCCCGGAAGUUUUCAUCAAUGGAGGAGUCUUGCUUGGGUACAUAUCAAACUUCGCCUUCGCCAAGCUCCCAGAGCACCUCAGUUGGAGAUUCAUGCUUGGGGUAGGAGCGGUGCCGCCUAUCUUCUUAGCCGUCGGAGCUCUUGCGAUGCCAGAGUCACCACGAUGGCUGGUCAUGCAGGGCCGGCUUGGCGAAGCGAGACGGGUACUGGCCAAGACCUCCGACAGUGAAAAAGAGUCUGAGCUCAGACUCUCAGAAAUCAAGGAAGCAGCGGGAAUCCCCGAGCAUUGUAAUGAUGAUGUCGUCCAAGUGUCCAAGCGCAGUCAUGGGGAAGGUGUAUGGAAGGAGAUGUUGAUUAGGCCAACACCAUCAGUCCGUCGGAUCCUAAUCGCGGCAAUCGGGAUCCAUUUCUUUCAACAAGCUUCCGGCAUCGAUGUCGCAGUACUCUACAGCCCUACAAUAUUCAAGAAGGCGGGAAUUAAGUCAAAGGAGGGCCUUCUAGGCGCGACUGUAGCCGUUGGAUUUACCAAAACUAUCUGUAUCUUGGUUGCAACGUUCUUUCUAGACAAGAUCGGAAGGCGGCCGCUACUACUGAGUAGUUCAUUUGGCAUGAUCAUAUCUCUGUUGGGGUUAGGGAUUGGGUUGACAAUGGUCGAUCAUAAUCCUGAGAAGAAACUCUCCUGGGCGAUCGGCCUCAGUAUCGCGACAGUCCUAUCUUUCGUUGGCUCCUUCUCGAUCGGGUUGGGCCCACUCCCAUGGGUGUACGGUCCGGAGAUCUUACCGCUGAAGCUGCGAGCUCAGGGCAUGAGCUUGGCAGUGGCAGCGAACCGCGUAACGAGCGGUGUGAUCGGAAUGACAUUUUUAUCACUUUCCCACGCCAUCACUAUUGGUGGAGCCUUCUUCCUGUUUGCCGGCAUCGCCACGUUGUCGUGGAUCUUCUUCUACACCUUCUUGCCGGAGACUCGAGGCAGAACCCUAGAAGAGAUGGAGAUUCUCUUUGUUAAGCCACGAGACAAGAAGAAGGAAACCAUCACCAUGUUGAGUUAGGGAAUGGUAAAGGAGUAAUCGACGGUCAUGAACAACCGUGAGGGACCCCAAGCUUGUUAAAAUGGGGCUCACUCCUACUCAUGCCCCUUGACUUAGUUUAGUGUAGUAAUUACCUAAACAAGAUAUGCUUUCGAGAAAAAAGCUACCUUGAAAAAAACAUGUAACUGAGAAUGGGUUUGGGUACUCCAUCUAGUGCACUUUCCUUAGACGUGGGAAAGUUGAUCUCGUGUUUAAGAUGGGGAGUCGCUUAUCCAGCUAUUCCUAUUUUCCAAUAGCACAUCUAAAAACUCUACUUAGCUCAUUACCAAAUGAGUUACUCGUAUACAUAUAAUUUGGACCGUUGUUCAGUUUUCCGUUAAUGGUUAGUAUAUUUUGUGCA